GCCCGGCCCCUUGGCUUCCCAGCGCCCUUCCCAUCCGCUCCAAGCUGCAGACUCUGGCCGGGCUUCGCGGCAGUGGGAGCGCGCAGGCGCAGCUGGAGGCUUGCGAAGCGCGGAGGAGCGCGCGGGAAUCAUUGUCCGGGGAGCUGUCGGAGACCACAAGAAAACAUGGGGAGGAUUUUCCUCACAGGAGAAAGUGCUAAUGCAGUAUUAAAACGCUACCCAAGAGCUAAUGGACUUUUUGAAGAAAUAAGACAGGGAAACAUUGAGCGUGAAUGCAAAGAAGAAGUUUGUACCUUUGAAGAAGCAAGAGAAGCCUUUGAAAACAAUGAAAAAACUAAGGAGUUUUGGAACACCUACACCAAAGCACAACAAGGAGAGAGUAACAGAGGAAGUGACUGGUUUCAAUUUUAUCUCACCUUUCCAUUAAUCUUCGGCCUCUUAAUUAUCCUCCUGGUCAUUUUCCUCAUCUGGAGAUGCUUCCUGAGAAACAAAACUCGCAGACAGACAGUGACUGAUGGUCACAUUCCUUUCCCUCAGCACCUUAACAUUAUCACUCCACCUCCAGCACCAGAUGAAGUGUUUGAUAGCAGCGGAUUGUCACCGGGCUUUCUGGAAUAUGUAGUUGGGCGCUCAGAUUCUGUCUCCACUCGCCUGUCCAACUGUGACCCCCCACCAACCUAUGAGGAAGCCACUGGGCAGGUGAACCUACGCAGGAGUGAAACAGAGCCUCACUUAGACCCACCACCGGAGUAUGAAGACAUCAUCAACUCCAGCUCAGCCAGUGGCAUUGCUAUGGUGCCUGUGGUCACCACCAUCAAAUGAAGCUGCAAACUUUUUACUGUAAUCAUUUUUCAAGUACUAAUGAAAGAACUUUCUAGCACUUUACCAUGGCAUACAUGUGCAUUGAUUUAGCUUACUGGGCCCUUGUAGCAUACCACAUUAUGUUCUCUGAUUUGAUUUUCAUUAGUUGUGUUUCCUUUUGCAAAACUAUGAGUCAUUCUCAUUUUGCUAAAGGACAUAUGAAGAUGAAAACACAUACUAGUGGAAGUCUUCAUGUGUAAAGAUAGUGUCACUGAUCCAGAUAUGGGGAGUGACUCAACAUUUUGUAUAGCACCCCACAACAUGCUAUUGAAUUUUUGAAGAUGAAACUUGCCCUUUUUUUUAAAUUCUUACCCAACUUUUGUUAACUUUGAAAGGAAAAUGCAUAUCACUGAGCUUCAUUUUAGAAGUAGCUCAGAAAUAGAGAGGGCACAGUAUAUGAUUACUGACAUGCAGAAAGUCAGUCGUUUGACUUGCUCUGUAGACAGCGUUUCUUAUUGAUUUCCUCCAUUCCCCAAACGAGUGUUUGCUUAUUAUCUUUGAAUGACACAUGCUCUUUCUGAAGUAGGUGUGUUAGUGAUAGGGAAAAGAUAUUAAAAAUCCUUUCCUUAUUCAUGACAAUAGUUUCUUUUUUGCUGUUUUAUUGAUUUUUACUGUUACAUCUCUUUCCUACCCAUCCCACAGAAUCUUAAAGCACUUAAGUUUAAUUAAAAUAAUUUUUAAAAUCAUUUUCCUAUUGAUUUUGUAUAAAGUUUUUGCCUCAAGAUAAUUGAGGCUAUUUUCCAUUAAAUGAAGAACUGUGUUUUUUUUUUUUCUCUCCAAUUGCUGGAGGAACAGUGCAAAGUCUGCUUUGUGCCAGGUGCACAAUUAAUCUAGUUCUAGCUUCACAUAGAUUUCAUUUUCAUUGCUGUUGAAUGUUGUGGUUUCUUUUAAACUGCAGAAUUUUUACUUUUCCCUUGGAGCUGUGAAUGAACUGCCAAUAUCAACUGGCUCAGAAAGAAAACCUGACAAUUAUUUCGCAUGAAGUUCCAUUUUGCAUGCAUUGAUGGAAGAGUCAUUGCAGCCAUUCAGGCAACAUUGGUGUCCCUUCCAGACUGCCUUAGUGUUGGUAACUGGUUGAAGAGGCAGAAGUACUACAGAUUUGGAGCUGUCCUGCACUGUAUCCGCCCCCCGAGACCCAAGGGAGUGCUGGUGGGGAGAAUGCCACAACAGGAAUCUGAUGACUUUUGAUCCCAUUCUGUGACAUACCUGCCAUGGUACUUUGGGAAAGACCCAAAUCUGAUCCUCAAUUCCUCUAAUGUUUUGUCCUAAAAAGAACAAUCCAAUGAGAUGCAUGGUGCCUGUAAGGUGUCAGGUUAUAAUAUUUCUCUUACUAUGCUUAAAGGAAAACUUUCCCCACGUUUUCCUCAAAUUUAUCAGAGUUUUCGCAGGAUGCUCCAUAAAUGGUGAGUUUGUUCUUAAGUGGAGUGUAAGGACUGUUGUUUAAACUCCUUUUAUUUUUCUGUCUCUCCCAAUUUAAAGAAAACAGCUCAACAUAGACAGGAUUAAGCAGACAUUGUAAAGGAACUAAAACACAUGUGUUCAGUUGUUAAAUUUGGCCAUGGUGAGCUUGGGCUUCUAGUUAAAGCUGUAAGUAGGAAUAUUUGGUUCAAUGACAGUGUGUGUGUAUUUGGAUUUUAAUUUUAAAAGUGAGCUUCAUUUUUGUGGACUUUUUCAUUACUAUUGGGCCUUAGAUUUGACCAGCAGUUUUCAAAGUGUGGGCUAUGGCCUCCCUGGUAGUCCUCAAGAGCCCUUUAAGGGAUCUGAGAGAGAGAAACUAUUUUCAUACUAAUACAUUUAGCUUUUUCCACUUUCUCUCAAAGAGUACUUUAACAUUUUUUAAAAUGCCAUCUUCCUAUAACACUCUUGUUUUAGAAAAUAUGGCAACAUGCAUUGUCUCUAAUAUGACAAGUACUGAUAGACAUAAAACCCAGUAACAAAAAGCCCUUUGGCAUUCUGACCCCACAUUUUAAGGAUUAAACGGGGCCAGAAGUCUGAGAAUUGUAGGAUUUUGCAUUGUAAACACCUUGGUUUUGGAUUUAAUUCUGCCUCUUAAGAGAUUCCUGAAUUACAGUGUAAGUCGGACUAUAGAUCCUUAAAGAAAAAUCCAAAUACUUACCAAUGACUCCAUUUUUCUUCUCUCAGCCAGAGUUCUCAUGGAGGCAUUCACACAAUGACGCAACAAACAAAAUACAAUGUUCAAGAGACAUUCUCUUAGGUUUGUUUUGCUUAAUUUGGUUUGAGUUUGUUUUCAAAAGCGCUUUUGCUACCCCAUCUGAUUUUAUAAGCUGAGUUUCUUAAUAUUUCUUAUAAUUAAAUGGAGCUUGUCUGGAAUAAUGUAUUUUUAUGCUUUUACCUUUCUUACCUGAUUGAUAUUUCAUUCAUCUUUGAUCAUUUUUAAUAGAGGUUUAUUUUUGCAGGAUAUAUUUAGGACCUUUCUUAAACAGUAACUAAGUGGAACCAAUCAGUUUGCAUUAAAAUGAAGGAUGGGCUCACUGGUUGUCCAGUGGAGUGGUUCCCAAGCAGUGGUUAUGUCUGAAAUCAUAGAACUGGCAGUUUCUGCCUCCCUGAUUUGAAUGUCACAGUGGGUUAUAUCUGUUUAAAUUAAAUGAUUUUUUCCUACUGACUAGCAUAAAUACUAGCUAUAUUUGAAUCAUUGUUAAUGAUGAUUGAUCUCUGAUACGAUAACCAUGGAGGUAGCUUUAACUUGGUUCUUUGUAAAUAGCAUGUAUUUUAAUAUUUCACAUUUUUAAACAGUUGGUUUACAUUAAAUUAUGGUAUUUAACUAUUUUUAUGUUUAUACUGGGUAAGGUUUUUCUUAAGUUUCUGUGUUUUCGGUAUGCUAAAUAAAGCUAUUUUUAAACCCAAGAUAA